GUUACCAAGGAGACCACUGACACCAAGUGCUGGACUUAGCAGUCGGUGCUGUAGCUUCAGUCAGACAAAACUGUCAUUAUGUCAUUUUUGUUUGACUGGAUCUACAGGGGCUUCAGCAGCGUUUUACAGUUCCUCGGUCUGUACAGAAAGAAUGGAAAGCUGGUGUUUCUGGGCCUGGAUAAUGCCGGGAAAACAACCCUCCUACACAUGCUGAAAGAUGAUCGACUCGGUCAGCACGUACCAACACUGCAUCCAACCUCCGAGGAGCUGACGAUUGGUGGCAUGACAUUUACCACAUUUGAUUUGGGAGGACAUGUACAAGCUCGAAGAGUUUGGAAGAACUACCUGCCGGCUGUGAAUGGCGUCGUCUUUCUCGUUGACUGUGCUGAUCAGGACAGACUGGCCGAAUCAAAGACAGAACUUGAUGCUCUCCUUUCAGAUGAAACCAUCGCCAGCGUACCCGUAUUGGUACUGGGGAAUAAAAUCGACCGUCCAGAGGCCGUCAGUGAAGGAGCGCUGAGAGGAAUUUUUUGUCUGGAUGGUCAAGUCACCGGAAAGGGGAACGUUUCUGUGAAGCAGCUGAAUGUUCGCCCUCUGGAGAUAUUCAUGUGCAGCGUGUUGAAGAGACAAGGCUACGGGGAAGGUUUCCGGUGGCUGUCGCAGUACAUCGACUGACAGGUCCGACCCGUCAGUCCGAUGUAUGACGUGAAACAUGACAGGAGCUGUCAACCAGCACAAUUUACAAGUCAUAUUGACACAGGACAUGCUUUUUAACCGGGAAAUCCAUCUAUGCAUUGUUGCAGAUCAUGUAGUCGUGGGAGAAAGCUGCAUGGCAUGUUAAGUAUCUAAUUAUAAAACAUGAACAGCCAGACAUUUUCCUAGAAUGUAAAUAUAUAUUCUGCAGUGUUGAAUUAUUUAUUAUUUCACAAAUCAGCUGCUCAAGUUAGAUGAAUGUUGUUGUAGCACAAGAACCGGCGUUGAUUGUAGUGAGUGGCUUAAGACGCGUCUCACGUUGACCUGAUWUGGCUGAGAUCUGGAUUAGGUUCCAUAAACAGUUAAAUAAAAAUGAGAGGAUUAUUUUCAGGUUGAUUUAAUUUGAUGAUAUGCAGCCUCUGCCUCCGAAGCAUAAAGCCAAGGAUGUGUGCCUAAUAAUUUGGGGAUUAGCAGUGCGCAGAGAUUGUACCUCAACAAAAUGUCUUCYUUGCUGAACACUGAGCCUGAAUGAUGCCAAAUCCCCUCCACGAACUCAAACAUGAGAAAAAAAAAGCAAUUAAAAGGCACUUGUGAUGACAUCUCACUUAUGRGUUCUGUUAUUAAUGUCUGACCAAUUUGUUUCAGUAGCAAGAAUGUGCUUGUACUGAAGGCAGCAAASUGUUAGUUAAAAAGUACGCAUUCCAGUCUGAAAUUAAACAUACCAAAGAUGAUCUAAACUGUAUGCAGGUGUUGUUUGAAAAAGUUAAUUCCAGUUCUUUUUCAGGGAUAUUGACACGCAACACUGAAAUGCAGGUUUGCUCUCAAUGUAAACAAUGCACUCUGCURAAUCCGUCAAAUCAACAUGGAAGCUUGAAUCCUGAUUGACCCACAUUAGGCUGGCCCUAGCUAGUCUCAGUAAACAAAUACAGUGGAAUCAGAGCGGUGUAGAACCUCAGGUGUGGAAAAAUCCGAGUAAUUGUGCUAUAAAAGUAGAAGACGAUAACACACUCCAGCCUGAAAUAUUGGAAGAUUUUGUCAUGCGCCAAACAAAUUCACCUCAUUGGCUAUAUUUGCCAGAAAACGGGUCAGGCCAGCACUUCUCAAAUAGUGGAGCGCGG